UGAACGAUCAUUUUUAGUAUAAAACGGUAUGAUUUUGUGAUAGGAAUUUUUUGUAGAAUAAUUGAAAAUGUGGGUAUUUAUUUUAAUUAGUUUAUUGUGCAGUGGUAGUACAUUGUCUGCUAAAAUACAGACCCCUCAAAAAAAAUCAGUAUUCAUCUUUCCCAAAGACGAAACUCCAUUAAAUAAGAAUGCUCCCAUUCGAAUCGUAGGUGGUCAAGAGGCGAAUGCUCAUCAGUUUCCUUAUCAAGUUGGUCUUUACGUUACAUAUGCCAUGAAUCAAGCUUUUUGUGGAGGAUCACUGAUAUCCCAAAAUUAUGUUUUGACUGCUGCCCAUUGUGCUGAAGGAGCAGUAUCUAUGCAAGUUAUAUUAGGUGCUCAUAACAUCUCUGAUACCUCAGAAAGUUCAAGGCAAACUCAAACAUCGGCCACAUUUAUUGUUCAUCCAAGUUGGGACAGCAGUACACUCACAAAUGACGUUGCCUUAGUAAAACUAACUACCCCUGCAGAACUUAACAGCUAUGUCCAAAUUAUCCAGUUGGCUAGUGGAAGUAAUAGUUACGCUAAUAAUCAAGGAAUUGCAACUGGCUGGGGAAAAACUAUAGAUUCUCAGAGCUCAGUGACAGAUAUUUUACGAUACGAAACCAAUACGAUUAUGAACAAUGAGCAAUGUAAGGCUACAGAUAGCGACUAUGCUUCAGUUAUAAAGGAUACUCAUUUAUGUCAGUCUGGAGAAGGGAUCAGAGGCAUAUGCAAAGGAGAUAGCGGCGGUCCGUUGGUCACGAACGGAGUUCAAGUAGGAAUUACCUCUUUUAGCUACAAGAGCUGCGAAGCUGGAAAACCAUCAGUUUUUACUAGAAUAACCUCUUUCUCGGACUGGAUUACAAAUAACAGCGAUGUUACUUUUCUGUGAAUAUUAUUUUUAGAAUACUAAAGGAAAAUAAAACAAAAAGUAUUU